AUGAGGGUCAAGCAACGGUCCGUUUGCCAAAACUGCAGAUCGAGGAAACUUGGUUGCGACGGAAAGGCACCUGAGUGUAGUCAGUGUCUACUAACAGGCCGCCAAUGUCCAGGGUACCCAGUGAACUGGUCCUUCGUACAGAGCCAAUCACAACCCGCCCGGAGUAGAAGAUCACCAUCGAACCUAUCAAAUCGGGAUCACAGCCCCCGAGACACUGCAGAACAUGAAUCAUCCUUAUCGAACAUUGCUUUUCGACCGUUGGAAGAAACUCAUUUGCUUCCAACUUCAGAAGCAGGCUACAACUUGCAUCGUGCCGAGCAGGUUGACUUCAUCAUAAGGAGCUAUGUGCCCGACGAAGAGUUAGAGCUCCCUGGCAUUAUCUCUAAUGAGCCACGGCCUCGCAUAUGUGGCUCAUGGGUCGAAGUUCUUCCCAGUCUGAGCGAAAACACUGAUUCUAAUAUCAUUCUCGCUGCCUCGAAAGCUUUAUCCACCUCAAUCAUGUCCCGGGGGUUCCCAGGAAGAGUCUCAGGUGUCGACAGCACGCGCAACUACCUUAACGCACUCAAGCUGAUGCGGAAAGAGCUCAGCACGGCGAAUAUAUCAUCAGAUCGAGAGCUACUGGCAUCAAUAAUGUGCCUCAGCUUGGCAGAGGUUAUGUUUCCUGGUCCAAGUGAAGGUUUAAAUAUGCAUAUAGAUGCUGUGGCACAAAUCCUUCAGGCAAAUGGACCCCAGCGUUAUCAAACCGGAGUUGCCCACAGGUUAUUUAUCGGCUUCCGCCCUUUAUUGAUGAUAAACGCAAUCCAAUGCCGAACUCCAUCUUUCCUGGGGUCGGAUAACUGGAAGACGACCCCUUUUGCAAUACUUAGCCCAUCCCCAAUGCAAAGCCUUCUUAGUCAGGCCGCUGCGCUUCCAACUAUUUUACAUACAUUGGAUAACUUAUCUGGUCCAGGUACUUCGAAUCAAAACCAAUGCGAGUCUAUACGCAUAUUGAAAUGUUUUGAAGACUUGUUGAACAGGUUAAAUGAGUGGGAGGCAUCUGAAUUUAACAAUGCGACGUCUCCCCUUUACUGGUACCGAGAUCAGGAUGCAGAAGAAAUCCCAUGUAUGUGGUUUCCUAGUAUUACUAUGGCCAACGCAAUCACCUAUAUCUGGGCGUUUCGCAUCAUAUGUCUCUGCGAGAUGGAGCGUCUUGCGUCGUCUCUCCCACAGCCGAGCUUUGAAUACCUGAGGAUCUUGAAGGAACAACACAUUGAGAGUGUUCAAAUAAGUUCAGAGACACUCAUGAGGCAGAUAUGCGAAAGUAUGGAGUAUCUUCUCCAGGGGGAAAUGAAACUCUUCGGUCCUGCUUCCACAAUCCUGCCUCUUCAGGUGGCCUACGCGGUAGCCACAAUGAAUGGUAAUCAGCACAACGCGCAAUUACCCACCUUGAAGAGAAUUGUCGAGCGGCUAGUUCUCAAGGGACUUCAAUCUUUUCCAAUAUUGAUAUUCGAAAAGAACUCUUUCCUUCACAGAUGGGCUAGAUAA